AGGAGUCUGACUGCAUGCAGAGUGGGUGGGUUCUGGCCCACUCAGUUUCUUGCACAGCCGACCACUUGAAGGAGAAGGAAUUCUUCAACCUCUUGUUUCAAAAGACCUUGGACUAUUUUCUGCUGCUCAACUCCCUUCACUCCCCCUUUUCAGUGAACAAAAGGUCCUAAGAGGAGGAUGAGGCAGCUGAGAGGAAAACCCAAAAAAGAGACCUCCAAAGAUAAAAAGGAGAGAAAACAGGCGAUGCAAGAGGCCCGGCAACAAAUCACCACCGUAGUGCUUCCCACGCUGGCUGUUGUAGUACUGCUGAUUGUUGUGUUUGUUUAUGUGGCGACUCGUCCAAAUACAACUGAAUGACGCAGCUUUUCAGACUUCCUAGCUUUGGGGUAUUAAUAAUUUUAUCAAGAGCCAAAAGGAACUCUCUGCCACUCUUUUAGUACUUUGCAAAGGAACUUGCUGGUAUUUGCAAGUUUCUCUUGGUUAGGGUCCCGCAGUUUCUCUUUAGGAAUGUAACAUAAAACGUAUUAGUGAAUGUGCCAGUACGUUUUAUGGUCUGGUUCAUGUGCCUUUCACACUUUCAAAAUGGUGUUUUUCUUAAAUCUGUUUGAAGCUCUAUCUUGUAAAAGGUAAUUGUGUUCUGCUAUAAAUUUGUAACAAAUCAGCUUUCAGCUUUUAUCACUGUUAUGGGUAACGUUGCUCCCAUGAGCUCUUGUAUGUCUAUUCCAGAACUUCCAAAGAAGUACAUUUCUUCUUUGUACUUACUGUCAUAUGAAGUGCUUUGAUUCAGAAAGGAUAUAUUUAUUUUUUGAAUAAAAGAGAGAAGUCUUACUUGGAAACUUUGAAUUAUUUUGCAAAAAAUGUGACUUAUUGUGAAAGCCUACGUUGUGUGAUAAUUUUUUCAUUAAACACUAUAUGGUUCACUCAAAAAGAAUUUAUUUGUGCUGUGAGGUGCCGACAUGCAAAGUGAAUGCUUCAGGAUCUGCUGGAAGGAAUCUUACGGAAGUUGGAAAGGGUGAUUCUACCAGUUUAUGGUGAAGUAACUAAUAACAAACUACAUAAACACAGAUAGUUGUUUAUCUGAAUGUUAAAUAUUUAAAUCUGUAUAAAGUAGCAAUAAAAAGGUG